AUGUUACAUACGGGAAGUAGAGGACUUGGCCAUCAGGUGGCUACUGAUGCUCUUGUGGCUAUGGAAAAGGCUAUGGCUAGAGACAAUAUUGAUGUCAAUGAUCGACAACUUGCCUGUGCAAGGAUUAAUAGUCAAGAAGGACAGGAUUAUUUGAAGGGAAUGGCUGCUUCAGCUAAUUUUGCUUUUGUUAAUCGCUCUUGUAUGACAUUCUGCAUUAGACAGGCUUUUGCUAAAGUAUUUAACUCAUCUCCAGAUGAUCUGGAUAUGCAUGUAAUUUAUGACGUCAGCCACAACAUUGCAAAAAUUGAAGAACAUUUGAUUGAUGGAAGGCCAAAACAGCUCUGUGUGCAUCGGAAAGGAUCUACAAGAGCUUUUCCUCCACAUCAUCCGCUGGUAUUUUUUAAACUUAAUUUCGUUGAUCUUAUAAUUUGA